AACUGCAGAAGCGCGAGGCUGAGCUGUCCAAAUGUGUGAGUUGUAAUCGGCCAGAUUCUGUACUUAACCAAUAUUUCGCAAUGAUUAUGGACAAUUUAUGACCUGGGUAGUCAUUCGUUAAUGGACCGUGGCAUUCACUUCAACCUUUGACCUUUCAUUCCUGAGCAUAUUCUGAUUCAAGAUGGUGCGAAUCACUGAAGAUAUGGUACGGAAGAGAUCAGAACACAACGAGAUGGAGAUAUCCACCCUUGAGGAAAUCUCCCUUCAUCAGCAAGAUAUAGAAAGGAUUGAGUUUCUUGACAAGUGGUGCAGACAUCUCAAGAUUCUUUACCUUCAAAGUAAUCUUAUUCCUAAAAUUGAGAACGUUGGGCGGCUGAAGAAACUAGAGUAUCUUAAUCUUGCUCUGAAUAAUGUGGAGAGGAUAGAGAAUCUAUCAGGAUGUGAAUCUCUGACGAAGCUUGACCUGACGGUGAACUUUGUUGGUGAGCUGACCAGUAUCGAGUGCCUCAGGGAUAGUUAUAGCCUCAGAGAGAUAUUCCUUACAGGUAAUCCAUGCACAGAAUAUGAAGGUUACAAGGAGUUUGUUAUUGGGACUCUACCACAGCUAAAGAGAUUAGAUGGGAAAGAAAUCGAGAAAUCUGAGCGAAUAUCAGCUCUACAAGAAGUGGAUGCAAUCAGACCUAAGAUUCUUGAACAACAGAAAGCAUAUCAACUUAGAAGGGAGAAAGAGAAAUCUGAAGCGGAGAAUCACAAGAAGGAAAAGGAAGAGAAGAAAGAAAGGAAGAAAGGUUUCGAUAAAACAUGGUACACAGAUAUCAAUGAAGAUGAUACACUCCGAGAGAAACCAAAGAGUAAAGAUGAGGAGGAGGAUGAAGAAGAAGAGUUUUGGAAUGAGAAGGUUGGUUUUACACCUGAAUCUCGAGUGGCUCUGAGUGAACAUGUACAGGAGAAGAAGAGACAAGAGGAAGAGGAAAGAAGUAAGAAGCAAGGUCCUAACCCACCAAAGAGAGUUGUAAGACUGACGACAGACGACGGGAACCCGCUUAAUGUCAAUGAAGCAAAAAUUGAUUUCUCUCUGACUGACAAUGAAGAAGAGAACACAUUCGAUUUAGAUGUUUCAUGUUUCAAGCACCUAGACACAUCACUCAUUGAUGUAGAUGUUCAACCUACGCAUGUUAAAGUAGUUCUCAAAGGAAAGGUUUUACAGUUAACCCUUACUGAAGAGGUGAUGCCUGAUGCUAGUGAAGCUAAAAGAUCCUUGACCACUGGUCAUCUCCUGGUCAAGAUGCCUAAGGUUAAGGAGUACAUCAGACCAAAGAAGAGCUCAUCAAAACCCAAACCAAGCACUACCAGCAAUAAAGACACAACCAAGACCUCAUCAGUAGAGCAGAAGCUUGAGACGUUAGAGGUUGAUCCUAGCAGUGGAAAACAUGUUGAUCUGAUGGUGACCAAUAGCAAUGGAAGACCAACUAAGGGACCAGUACAGGCUAGAUGUCAGACUGUGGAGGAAAGGAAAAACAGCGAGGACUUUAUAGACAAUCCAGAUGUACCGCCUUUAAUAUAGCAUUAAAGGCAUCGCCUUGCUUCAUUCUAUCUCUCACAAUUAUGUUCUAUCGGAUCCGGGCUAACUCGGACCCGGAGACAACUCGGCCCUGCUGCAAAAAAGGUUGUUUUUUGUCAUUUUACCUUUAACCCCUUCCCUAACCCUGACCCUAAACCUAACCCUUACCCUAACCCUAACCUUAACCCUAACCUGCAAAAACUGACCAUUUUUGCAGCGGGCCUAGUUGUCCCUGGGUCCGAGUUAGCCCGUCUCUGUUCUAUCUAUCAUGCAAUGUUUGAAUGACAUUGAAGAUCUUGCUUUCCUUUCGUUUGUCUAUCACAUUGAUGUUCUACCUAUGAUACGAUGGAGGAGAGGAAGAGCUGCAGAUUGUGUGGACGCUCCAGAUUUAUACAUUUUGAUCUGAAGUUGGAGACCUUCUGAUCUCCGGAGGUUUAUCUUCAAGUGGUUGCUUUAGUCCAAUUUUGAAACUUGUUGUGUGGAAAUUGCAUGAUUUCAUGAAUAAGCCAAGCCCAUGAAGUUUGAUAGCUACCAUCACUACUUUUGAAUUCAUUCACGUUAAACCUGCAUACAUGUAUUUUACAAAUCAAAUGAGAAACGUCUGCUUAGGGCUGUGAGAUGUUGCUGAUUUUUGACACUGUAUGUUAAACAAGUUUCGAGAUAUGUUAUGUUUUGUAUUGAAUGAUGGGCCAGAUUUGCGGCUAUUAAUGGCAGUAAUUAGGGGUUUCAUGUAAAAUUAUACAAAUAUUGCAUACUUCCCAGUUCUACUUAAACUUGAUGAAUAAACUUCUAAAUUAAGAAUAUCUCGAGCAGCAGAUUGGACUUGAAAUAUUGUGGCACAAGCCAUGAGGAACAUGCCGAAUUUGAAGGUGAAUUUUGUGAUUUAGAAUGACGAUGUGUAUGCAAUAUUAGUUGUUUAGAAUUUAUAGUUGGGCUUUAAAAAAAAAAGAUGUUGUAUUGCCCUUUAAGUGCCAAGACAUGGGUCGGAAAUAUUUUUUUCUUCUUUUUUUUU